ACGCGUCGACGUGUACUUGUCCAGCUAUCCGCUAGUACUAGCAGGCCCCGACGCGGCCAUGGCGUCUCUCUCCGAGAACACUACAAAAUACCGCGCCCUCCCUGCUAAACAUGUUCUGUACGCGGAAAUCCUCACCAUCACUUCGGUCAUGCGCAAGAACUCGCGCUGGGCUAAUGGCACACACUUCAUGUUCACUGGUCGCGACGCUGCGGGAACUGGAAGCGACCUAGGGCUGCGAGUGAACAAUGCAGGAGCUGUGUCUGCAAGGAGAAUAACGCGUGAGGCUGAGCUGAUGUUGGGCUUUGAGGAGCUGAAGAGAGUCAUUCGGGAUACUGAAGACAUAUCCGCUUUGCCGCUUCCGACUCUGCUUGCGCCCUUUUUCGCGCUUCUCCGCUCUCCCUUGUCCACUGGUCCCAUCACAUCCGCUGCACUGGCUUCUCUCCAUGCCUUCUUCACCUCCGGACUCAUUAGUCCCGAAUCUCUCGAGCUCGAAUCGGCGCUGGUUGGUAUCAGCAGUACUGUUUCACAUUGCAAAUUCGAAGCCAGCGAUUCCUCAGGCGACGAAGUAGUGCUGUUGCGCAUUAUGACUGUGAUAUAUGAUAAAACUCUGCGACGCUCUGCCGAGAAUACAAUGCACGCCGUUGUGCGGACUGUUUUCCUGCGUCUAAACGAUCUCGAUCCUGAAACAGAGGAAGAGAAACUGCGAUUGGGCGAUGAAGAUGCCCCAGACAGCGCUGAGAUUCGUAUGACGGUCACGACCAGCGAAUCAACUAUUGCGGAAGAGCACGCCCAGGAUAUUAUUCUUGAGUCUGGGGUCCCCGAGGAAGAGUCCACGGAGGCAGAUUUACCGGCCACAGCUCUCACCGGAGAAGCAGCUGUCCGCCCGGAAUACGGACUGCCCGCGAUUGUGGAGCUGCUACGCGUUCUGAUUACUGUGCUUGAUCCGAGCGACCAACAACACACCGACUCUACACGGUUAGUCGCAUUGUCGACGUUGACAGCCGCCCUUUCUAUCUCUGGGCCCCGGAUCCCGGCUUUCCCCUCACUCAUGUCGCUCCUGGCCGACUCAGGCUGCAAGCAUCUUUUCCAACUUGCCCGUUCCGACCACCCAGCCGUUCUGGGAGCUGCAUUGCGUGCCAUCGGCGUUGUAUUUGGGAUCGAGGAGACAAGAGAGAAGCUCAAGCUCCAAUUGGAGCUUUUCCUGUCCUUUGCCAUAGACAGACUGGCGCCUUCCCCGGUGUCCGGUCAGACCAAGAAGGGAUCGGUUGUCUCGCCCCGACCGGGAACUCCUUCCGUCGGACCUUCCACGCCACUGCUGGGGCCUCCCGAGUCGGCAGAAGGAGAGUCGCCGAGUCCCGCGACACCUUCCAGGCCGACUAUUGCUCCUGCACGUGGCGAGACGCGUGAUCUGAUUCUGGAGACACUGAGCCAGAUCGCACGUCGGAAGAGCUUCAUGGUCGAUCUCUGGGUGAAUUACGACUGUAAUCUGGACUCGGAGGGAAUGUUCGAGCGACUGGUCAGUUUCUUGACCAAGUCUGUGUAUCCGGUCCCGGGACCGUCCGGGUUGGACCCGAGACAGAGGAACGCGCAGUACCUGAGCCUGGAUCUACUUCUGGCCUUUGUGAAUGACAUGGCUGUCAGAGCUAAUGGGGCUGUAGAUCCCUGGCCUUCAUCAUAUCCGACGUCCGAGUCUCUGAUCCAAGCCAAGUCGCAAAAGAGCCUCGUCAUCACGGCAGCAUCGCGCUUCAACACCAAGCCCAAGACUGGCGUCGCUUUUCUCGAGGAGAACCAUCUGAUCUACUCGGAUCUCCCUGCGGAUGCCCCUGCCAGCGCAAAAACCCACAACCUGGCCGUGUUUCUCAAGUCGUGCCAGCGUCUAGACAAAAAGCUGCUCGGUGACUACAUAUCCAGGGAAGAGACUUUGCCCCUUCUCAAGGCUUUCAUGGGCCUGUUUGAUUUCCGAGGGAAACCGAUAGCCGAUGCCAUGCGAGAGCUUUUAGAAACUUUCCGGCUACCUGGAGAGGCACAACAGAUCGCGAGAAUAACAGAGACAUUUGCGUCGAUCUACUUUGCUUCCGAGCCAGGCGAGUAUGAGAUCCAGAACGAAGACGCAGUAUACGUGCUUGCCUACUCUGUGAUCAUGCUCAACACCGAUCUGCAUAAUCCUCAAGUCCGGAAACGAAUGACCAUCGAGGACUACAGGAGAAAUCUCCGUGGGGUCAACAAUAACUCGGAUUUCUCCGAGGACUUCUUGCAAAAUAUCUACGAUUCCAUCCGCAAACGGGAAAUCAUCAUGCCCGAGGAGCACAGCGGCCAACUAGGCUUCGAUUAUGCUUGGAAGGAUCUGCUCGGAAGAUCCCGCAGUGCGGGCGACUUUUUGAGCUGCAACACCAAUCUCUUUGACGUGGACAUGUUCAAAGCCCUCUGGAAGCCGCUCAUCUCUGCCAUUGCCUAUGCAUUCAUCAGCUUCGACGACGACUACGUCAUACAACGGGCUAUCACUGGAUUCCGACAAUGCGCGACGCUCGCUGGCCAGUUCCAGCUGCCUGAUGUGUUUGACUUUGUCGUGGUCUCAUUAUCACAGGCGACUAGUCUGCUGACGGAGUCUCUGUCGGGCUCGGUUCCCAACUUCCCUGUGGUCGAUGUCGAGGGCCAGUCAGUCACUGUGUCCAACUUGUCCACUAAGUUUGGGACGAACUUCAAGGGUCAGCUCGCUGCUGUCGUUCUGUUCAACAUUGUGAACGGAAAUGGAAAUGCGCUGCGGGAAGGCUGGACGCAGAUCUUCGAGAUGUUCCAGAACCUGUUCUUGCACUCGCUGCUUCCUAUCAGGAUGCUCCAGAUGGAAGACUUCCUCGGCGGGGUGUUGAUGAUCCCUUUACGUGGCGCUCAGCCUCAGCGGGCUGCUCCUCGCAGCGAAGGCGGGCUUCUGUCCGCACUGUCGUCAUAUCUCAUGACGCCGUAUGGGGGCAGCUCAGACACUCUCGUCCCCGAUGCGACUGAUGCGGACGUCGAGAACACGCUGGUGGCGAUCGACUGCAUCACCUCGUGUCGGUUGGACGAGCUGUACAGCCAGGUUAUGCAGCUGGACGCUGAAGCGCUGGUGGCUGCAGUCCGUGCAUUGGAAGCCCUGGCCCACGAGCGGACUGUUGCCAAAUUGAAACAGGUCACGGACGAGGAUGGGAACCCUCCCGCCGACGACGGGUCGUACACUCUCCCCUACGACCCGGCGUCCGUGUUCCUUCUGGAGAUGAUGGUCAGCAUCACGUGUCAAACGGUCGAGCACAUCGACGAGCUGUGGCCGAUCGUUUUCGAGCAUCUGUCUGCGCUGCUGGCCAACACUCUCCAAUACAGCGUCCUGCUCGUUGAGCGUGCUGUUGUAGCCUUGUUGCGACUGUGUCUGCUUUUGGCAACCAAGCCUGCUCUUCGAGAUCAGAUUUACGUAUCCUUUGAUCUCCUAUCCUGCCUACCGCCUUCGGUGGCCAGCUCUGUCUCCGAGCAAGUCGUUGCUGGCGUGCUGCUGAUCGUGCAGAACCACAAAGCGAUCAUCAGCUCACAAACCGAGUGGCAUCUCGUCUUUGCGCUCCUCAGGACGACUAUCUCGCACCCGGAAGCCGCUCGCACCUCGUUUGAGCUCGUCACCGCCCUCGUGUCCGAUGGCCCCGACCAGACUGUGACGAUUGACAACUUUUCCGGGCAUCUGAAUCUCCUGGACGAGUUUGCGUCGUAUGCUGGGAUGGUCGUCGAGAAUAGACAUCAAGGCGGUCGGCGACAAGAGCCACUGUCUUCUGCCAACUCUCCUUCCAUCGAACGCGGCAAGGCUGCUAUCGAUCUGAUCGUCAAUCUCAAAAAGUUUCUCGUCCCUCUGUGCGAGUCUGCCCACCUCCCAAGAGAACAAGCCUGGCGCCAAUUAUGUCUGCCGUUCCUCGGCGUGCUUGGUCGGCAGUCGAUCAACGCUGCUCGCGAAGUGCGGCAUUCCGCCAUCGGACAGCUGCAGCGCAUCUUGCUGGGCCCGCAUCUUUUCUUCGACGACGCCAACGCGGAGCAGAUCGAGGAGAUCUUCAACCGCGUCAUCUUCCCCCUGCUCGACGACCUGCUCAAGCCGCAGGUCUAUCUUCGCGACCCGCGGGGCAUUCCAGAGACCCGCCUGCGCGCUUCAGCCUUGUUGUGUAAAGUGUUUAUGCACUUCGAAGUCCGGGAAACCCAAACCAACGCCGAUAUCCGGCUUCUGUGGAUCCAGAUUCUCGAUCUGCUGGACCGCCUGAUGAACAUCGACAAAGGGGACCAGUUGUACGAAGCAGUCCCGGAAUCACUCAAGAACGUCGUGCUUGUCUUGCAUGCCGCGCAGAUCCUCGUUCCGCCGUCUGCGGACGACCAGCGCGAUGCGAGGCAAAAGACGUUCUGGACGGCAAGCCAAGAACGGAUAGAACGCUUCUUGCCCGGAUUCCUGGCUUCAGUCAUACCCGCAGAAUCAUGAUAUCAUGGACCUCUUUGUGUAACACUAAUCAUAAUACAUAUAUAUAUUUCGAGGAUCACGCGAGGCUUCGCUGUGUACUUG